AUGACUCGUGAAAUCCUCAUUGGAAUCAUUGGAGCCAUCCUGCUUAUCGGAGGAAUCGGUGGCAUCAUCUGGUCCAUCAAUAAUCCUGCGGUUCCGGAGAAGGACGAUAACAAUUUAUUGCUGCCGUUCGCUAUGGCAGUGAUUGCCGAUUGGCAUCUACGUGAAGAUAAGCCGGUUUGCCGGUUAGAUGAUGACUGGAUGGCCUCACAGAAGAAAGACCUUGAAAUCAUCAAGGAAAUCUGCAAGAGCUACAAAGUUGACCAGGUUUGGGUUCUUGGAGACAUCUUCCAUACACCCACAGUUCCUGCCCAGGUUGUAAACUUGGCUAUUGAUGGUCUCAAUGCUAUCAGUGAGGAAGUUGCUGGAAUCAGGAUGAUUGCAGGCAACCACGACCUGCCUUACCACAAUGUCAACCUUGUUGACCGAUGCUCCUAUGGCACUAUCAAACGUCUCUACAAUACGCCUAUUGAAGGAUGUAUUUUCGGUGUCAAGGCCAACGGAUAUGACUUUGGUACCGAGAAGGAUACUGACAGUGAUACCAUCUGCAUUCACCGCCUGGUAUUCCCUUCAGCAGAUAAGCAGAUGGCAGAGAUGGCUGGUGGUGAAACUACCGAAGAUAUCGCCAAGGAAUUUCCUAAAGCUAACCGGGUAUUUAUGGGCGAUUACCAUAAGGGUUAUAUUGAUACGGUUGAUGGCAAAACCUUUGUCAUGCCCGGCUGUAUGAACGUGCAAUCGGGUGGCUUGGCUGACUAUCGGCCUAUGGUAGUCAUCUGGGACUCCUAUGAUGAUACCUACGAGAAGGUUUGUAUUGAUAAUCCCCUUGCCAAGGUUACAACCGAACAUCUGGUGGAGGCAAAGGAACGUGAUGAACGCCUUGAAGCCUGCCUUGAUAUUGCAGGUUCUAGCCUGAAGAAGGAAUUUGACUUUCCAGGUGAACUCAAGGCAAUCGCCUAUAAUUUAAAUGUUGAAGAAUUGGCAACUGAAAUGUUGACCGAAUUGAACGUUGGAGGCUAA